AUGGAGCUGGACUCCAGCCCCAUCGGCCCGUUUAGCUCCAGCUUUGUGGUUUUUUGUGGCUUUCCCCCUCCCCCCUCUGCCCUCCUCCCCCCUUCCUCCCCCAUUCCUCCCCCUUCCCCCCCCCCCAUAGAGCAGCUGGAGCGCAUAGAGGAGGGCUUGGAUCAGAUCGACUCUGAUAUGAAGGAGGCAGAGAAAAACCUGACCGACCUGGGAAAGUGCUGUGGCCUCUGCACCUGCGAUAAGUAG